AUGCCUAUUGGUGACUUGGGUCUUGUGGUAUCGCUUGAACUUGCUUUUACGACCGUCUUGGGUUGGGCACUUUCGUUCGAAUUGGGAUUGGUCGCUCUUGGACUUUUGAUAUAUUGCAUCGACACUGAAUUGCGCUUCCUCGCGGCACUCGAAUCGUCUUUCUCUCCUCGACCCCGAAUUGAUUCCCUCCGCCUGUCCACCAUGAUGAAUUUCGCACCAUCUCUACCGCCCCCCUUGUUCUUUGUCGGCCCGAUUGUCCAUAGGCCGGGAGCAUGCAGCAACUGUAAACGCCUCAAGAUGAAGUGCGUUUUCGAAGACGGGAUGGAUAUUUGCCAGCGGUGUAAGCAUACGAACAAGAAUUGUGUUGUCGAGGGUCGAAAGCCCAGACAAGGUCCCAAUAAACGCGAAUUGAUGAUGCGCGAGAUUGCAAACAAAGACCAGCUUAUCGAUUCACUCUUGAGACAGAUCCAUAACCCCGCCAUGCGGACACCCAUCAAUUGGCCGCCUAGCGUUCCGGCCCCCCAACAAUCCACCAAUCCUGACCGCCCGCCCGACCGCGAUGUCGUUGCUUGGAUCGAAUCGAUCAAGCAGUACAAGCCUCCUACUCCUACCGGCUCGAUCGAUGCGGGAAGUAAUGUCCAGGGCCACACCCGCGCCACCUCUGAGCCUCUGACGAUCCCAAAUGACCAGCCCGAUGACGACGCAGUCAGCUUUGGCGAAAGUGCUUCCAACGUCAAAGGAAGAGACGAGCGACCUCGUACACCUGUCGAAUUGCGCCAAGACAGCGGCGAAGUCGACGAUAAGCUCCAUUCUAUUCCCGACGGCACCUCGCCCGUCGGACUCAUCGCCAAACUCUCGCUCCGCGCGAACCGCGAUAAGCGCGGGAGCGAUGCCGGAAUGACGGGCGACGCUGAGGAAGAGGAUAAAUGGGUCGGGGUCGGGAAUAUGACCUAUUUCGAGGCGGGGCCGAGCGCGAAUCCCGAGUUGAGGCGGAUGAUCAUCGAGAGGCAGAUGCCGCCUGAGAUUCUGACGCAUGGAAUUAUCAAGCCCAACGAGGUUGAGAUUUUGUUCAAGAUAUUUUUCGAUCAAUUGAAUCCGUUCCUCUCGAUUCUUGAUCCUCAUAUGCAUACACCCGCCUUUGUCUUUGGUAGAUGCCCAUUCCUUUUCACAGCGGUCUGUGCUAUUUCCUCCCGAUAUUACACCAAGCGCCCAGAACUAUACACCAUCGCGAUGCACUUUGCCAAGCAAUCCGCUGCCACGGCGUUGAUCGACGGGUGGAAGAGCGUCGAAUUGGUACAAGCGUACAUCAUCAUGAGCGUCUAUCCCGUCCCGGCUCGGCGAUGGGAAGAAGACCGUACCUGGUUGUACCUCGGACUGGCCAUCAGGAUGGCGACCGACUUGAAUUUGCAUUUGCCUUGGCAGGGCAAGGCUACUGGUGAAGCUCACGAGCGCGAAAUAUUGAACCGGACGAGGACAUGGUUGAUCUGUUUCAAUUUGGACCGGUCCGGUGCUACGCAGUUUGGACGACCUCCAACGAUCCGGGAGGACUAUAUUGUGAGGAAAUCGGGUGACUGGUACAAGCGGAGCAAAUUCAACUUGCCACUUGAUAUUCAUUUGACUGGGUAUACCCAUCUGCUCCGGAUUGUGGCUCGUUUCUUGGCAAGCGUCUACUCGGAUUCGAACUCUCCCACCGCCUUGAACAAGAACGCGGAUUUCUUGACCUUGUGUACGCAGACGGAUGAAGAGUUGACUGCGUUUGAACGUGAGACCAAGGAGUUAUUUGAAAAAGAGUCUGAUCCGAAUGAUCCGGCGUGUAAGUACAGGUGUGAUCUGCUACCCUUCCUGUCAAACUAUUCUCGCGUGGUCAUCUUUUCUUUCGGGCACCAACAAGCUUUCCAGAGAGGGCUUGAAAAGGGGAAAGUGUUCUUUGACAAGUGCUACAAAGCUGCCUCGGAGGUUAUUCGUAUAGCGAUCGAAAUCCUUGCACCUAGUGGCCGGUUAAAAUAUUCCCCGGAUGGUCAUUUCGUAUUCCUUAGCUUUGCGGCUGCGUUCCUUCUCAAAAUGCUCCGUCCUCAAUUCGCCGCAGCACGCGAACGUUCCCAAUCUCAAAACAUUAUCGCUCUAGUCAGCCGAUUGGCCGAAGUUCUUGGUUCCAACGAGGUGGCCAUCGACGACCGGCACAGCCCGCGCCUAUACUCUCGAUUCCUUUCUGGGCUUAUUCAGAAACAUACCCAAGGAUCGAUGAUUCUCGCUGCGCCUUCGAAUGUGAAUACUGGUGGAGGUUCUGGUGCUAGCGGCGGUUCAGCGCCCGACAGGUCCGGUGCUCAGGGCAAGGGCAAAGAUCCAGCGGGGGGUGCACACAAGCCUGCCAACCCAUCUAUUUCAGGAUCGAACAAGAGCGCGCCGGCUACAGAUGCAGGUUUUAUGCACGAAUCGCCACCAUCUGGGCCCGUGCCGCUACCUUCUGAAGCGGAUGAAGCUCGCGAUCAGAUCGGAAUCGUGCCGCCCGUAAGAAUGAAGAGCCCGCCGAUUGUCAUUCGUCCUCCGACUAUCGACCAGAGUAUGCAUGAUCAUUCUCGGCCCAACGGAGUUCACCAGCGAAGCCUCUCGGACGGACAACAGCCAGCUUCGAAUAGUAUCAUGGGUGGCUAUGUCACUGUCGAGCCCAGUGGGGAUACCCUUUCCUCAAUGGCGAGCACCACUCAAGGCGAGACGACUAUCACCGACGUAACAGGCGACGAUAUGGAAUUCGAGGAUUCGCACAAUAUGCUGGCGGCGAUGGCAGCGCUUCAAGAUCCUACCUGGUGGGACACGAGCUUAUUGCCCGGCUGGAGUGCGAACUUUGCAGACGACGGAAGUAACUCUUCGCAAGAAAUGAGGAACUGGUACGCGGCCAACCAUCCGCAGGCGAACCAUCCACAGGCCAACUUGCCAAUGAUGAACAACCUACCGAACCUCAUGGUGCCAGGCCUUGAUUUUACCCAGGGUAUGCAAAUGAACCCGCACGAGAUGGGCAUGGACCACAUGAUGGCUGGCUACGGGUACCGAUGA